ACACAUUAAGUAUUGAAAUAGAAUUAGAUAAUGAAGAAGUUGUAGUACCAAAUGAAGAAAUCAACUACAUAGUACCAAAUGAAGGAAUCGACUAUGAAUUAUCAAAUGAAGGAAUCGACUAUGAAAGUGAUUAUGAGAUGCCAAUUGAAAUUGAAACUGAUUCUGAAAUCUUAUGA